UGAAAGGAAGCAAAUACCAGUGGAGUGGAGGUUGUAGCACUUCCACUCUCUUCAUCGCCUCAAAUGCUCGUGUCCGUCAAAAGAGCCACAAAGCUUAAUCCAAAGUUUUCAGCUCCAAUAUCCUCUUCACAUGGGUUCUUCUUCUACUGUACCCAAGCCUUAAAGCCUAUUGAUUUCAACGCAGAGUCCCAUCCAGAGAGCUUCACGAAACCCUUGACACAGCCCCAGCUCAGAACUCUUGUUCUCAGCCAGUGCUCUCGUGGCAAGUUCUCCAAUCUCAUCAGAAACGUGGUCGCUUUGCCUUCUUUCCUUCUCACUGCCUGCCAAAGUAUCACCCCCACUCACAAUGCGCCGUCGUCUUCCGCCUUUAUGGACUCCCUCCCGAAGCACUUCUCGGUUGAGGAAAUGGGUCGCGAGGUUCUUGAGAAUCGGUUUGAUAUCAAGGCUUGUUGUGUGAAAUUGGUGCCAUUGCGAAAUAAAGGUGAGUCCUUGAUUUUGCCCAAUUUGAAAUUGAAGGUUUUGAUUGAAGCUAUUAGGAUUGUAUUGGAAAUUGUGUAUGAUGAGCGAUUUGUGACGUUUUCUUAUGGUGGCCGUGUCGGUAUGGGCCGGCACACUGCGGUAAGGUAUCUGAAGAACUCAGUGGAAAAUCCCAAAUGGUGGUUUACCGUUUCGUUUAAUCGUGCAAGCUUUGAUGAAAAACAUGUAAAUAAGUUGUGUUUGAUUAUAGAGGAGAAAAUUAAAGAUAGAAUUUUCAUUGAUAUAAUUAAAAGGUUGUUUGAAUGUGGAGUUUUGAGAAUUGAAUUUGGCGGGCACUAUUUAGGGAGGGGGUUUCCUCAAGAAUGUGGGCUGUGUGCAAUUUUGAUUAAUGUUUAUCUUGACGGGUUUGAUAAAGAAAUACAGGAAAUGCGCCUUAGGAUGAAAGAACGGAAUCCCAAAAUUGAUUCUAAUGAGCUGGUUUCAGGGUCCAGUGUUUUCCAUAAGCCUGUGAAGAUGUAUGUAGUUAGGUAUUUGGAUGAGAUACUGGUAAUAACAUCAGGGCCAAAGAUUUCGGCAAUGGAUAUGAAAAUUUGGGCUGUAAAAUAUUUAGAAGGGAAGUUGCAACUGAAGGUAGACAGGGUAAAGACGGCUAUUCAUAGUGCUACAUCAGAGAAGAUUAACUUUAUAGGUAUGGAAUUGCAGGCUGUCACACCUUCUGUCUUGCAUCCUCCCAUGUCAGAGAAAGCCAUGAGGGCACAAAAGAAGUAUCAAAGGCAGAAGGAAGUUAAGGCUCAAGAAUUAAAAAAUGCUAAGGAGAGGAUCAGAAAGAAAAUGGGUUUGAAAAUAUUGAGGCAUGUUUUUAAAAAAUUGAAGCAGAGUAAUGGGUUCAGAUUUGAUUUUGAUGUUAGCAAUGAAGUCAGACAGAUAUUUAGAACCUGGGCAGAUGAAGUGGUACAAGAGUUUUUGGGGUCGCUGGAAGAGCGUUGGAGUUGGCAUCGGAAGCUCACAACUGGUGAUUUUCUCUCGCUGAGACACAUCAGAAAUCAAUUGCCAGAAGAGCUUAUCGAUGCAUAUGACAAGUUUCAAGAGCAGGUAGACAAGCAUUUGUCACCUGUCAAAGCCAGAAAGGCGUUGGAGGACGAAGAAAGGAGAAUAGAAGAAGAAGGGGAAAGGAGGUACGCUGAGAGGACUGUGAAAGAUUUGACAACACUAUGCAUGAAAGUUGAAGCACCCAUAGAGCUUGUGAGGAAGGCUGUUAAAAUGGCUGGAUUUACGAAUAAUAUGGGUCGUCCCAGGCCAAUCAGCUUACUUACAGCUUUGGAAGAUGCUGACAUCAUUAAGUGGUAUGCAGGGGUUGGCAGAAGAUGGCUUGAUUUCUUUUGCUGCUGCCACAACUUCAAGAAUGUGAAAAUUGUUGUAAGUUACCACCUGAGAUUUUCUUGUAUAUUGACAUUAGCAGAAAAACAUGAAUCAACAAAGCGUGAGGCCAUCAGGCAUUACACCAAAGAUUUGAAGAUUUCUGAUUUGGAUGGAAUUGAAGAAUUGCACUUCCCAACCGAAAGGGAGGUUAAAAUGAUGGGAGACAAAAAUCUUCCAGAUCCAAAACCUGUGGAUGGGGCUUUAUCUCUGGCAUUGAUUAGAUUAGCCUCUGAUGAGCCAUUACAUUCUUGUGUUGCUCAUUUCUGCAGUAGAACAGAUACGAUUAUGUAUCGGGUACGACUACUUCAAAGUCGUUCAAAUGUGAGCUCAUUGGAUGGACAAAAUUGGGUUUCAGGGGUGGGUAUGGUUCAUGACAGUCUGAACAAAAAGUGUCUUCCUCUCUGUCCUGAUCACAUAAGUGAUUUAUACAUGGGGAAAGUCACCCUUCAAGAUAUUGACUGCACUUUGUUCGUAGAUGUGGACUGACCGUUGCUCGUGUUCACUCCAUUGUGAAGUGAUUGGUGUUGGUUGUAAAAGCUGUCAUACUUCCAGCCUUGCGUUCUCGUUGAAACUACUGUCAAAUGUUUUCUAGGUGUUAUACUCAACUGAAAUCAGGUUGCUUGUUCAAGAAUGUGAGUGAAUUUUUAAAGAUAUGAGUGCCUUCCUGGAGGAAGAUCAUCACUUGUCGCUUGGUUGUGUGAGCAUUGGUGCGGCCACAUCCCUUACGAUGCGGGUGAUCACUUCCUCUCUCUCUUUUGCAUGCCAAUUUCGUUGUCAACACAAUCAUGGUGCAGCUGAACACGAGGGUUCCUUAUUGUUUCGUCUUAAUGAUCUGAUUCAAGAGGAAGCUGAGCAACAUUCCAAAGCAGGUCAAGUGGACAUAUGAAGUGUUUUCUGCUACUGAUCAGCACAACUUGAGCUACAACAUCUCUUGUGAAACGCUGCAAAGAGAUUCCUUCCAUGGCUGUUGUAAUAUGAGCUCUGAUCCGCAGACGACAACACAACAACAUUUACAGGGUUAUUUUUGGAUACAACAUAAUCCAUAGCUCGAGUAUUAGUUGCACGCCUAAGGGGCAAGUAGCAGAAGCUUCCUGGGUGCCAAUGUUGCUGAAGCUUUGGCAAUGGCAAGUCUUGCCAGGAGAAUCAAGUUUCCUCAGGCUAUGUAAGGAAUGUUACCAAAAUGUGGGAUUCUUCAU